ACUCAACGUUCCCUUUCCUCUAGCUUCUGCUGUCUUCCUUAUCGCUAUUUGUAGUACACAGUUUUAUUGCAAAGGAGAAUUCGGAGAGGAAAAUGGCUGUUGCCCGGUAUGCUCACGAUUCCAACACACGCCCUGCGGAUGCAAAGGUACGCACAGCUUGCUCGUCAAUACGAUGCAAACCCAUACGCGGUGGUCCUGAACAGCACGAGGCGAGGCAGUAGUGUGUUGCAAUUUCUGGCUAACGACGAAAACCGCGUUUUAUUCCCCUGUAGAGUGGACGCAAAGGCGGCUGGUUGGGAUGGCUGUUGCGACGUUUGUUUUUGAUGUACGUGGUAUUCAUUACGCUGACUACGUGUCCGUCGAAUCCGGGGCACCUAGUGUGCAGAACAGAGGCAGCGGUGAGGGAGGUCAUCAAUGGCCCGGUUCACGGGCUGUUUGUUAGCACUGAGACUGGCGCGCGCAUCAGCAACGCAUACAAUGCGCACCUGGUGCCGCUAUACGAGAGGCACGCAGAACCGCUCCUAGACAACACGCGCGUUUUCGUUGCGGAGACCGUGGCCCCGGCCCUGUCCAAAGCAUCGAAGCCUGCGUGCGACGCCUUGCACCGGGCUGUUGAUCCAUACACGGAUAAGGCAUAUGCCGCAUAUAGCGCACAUGCCAAACCCACGGUAGACAUGGUUGCUGGCUGGGUCAAGCAGACUGUGAGCCAGGCCGUGGUGCCUGUAGUGACGGCUACCAAAGAGGUUGUUGUUCGGGUGGGCGGCGACUACGUCCUGCCGCUGGCCAAGAGUGGGUGGAGUGACUAUAUUGUUCCUCUGCACGUCAACCAUGUGCAGCCCCUGUGGGCCAAGCAGGUGUACCCCGCGAUCUGCAAGUACUCCAAGAUUGCGCUGCAGUCCGUGCGCGAAAAUCUGCUCCCUGGAAUCGUGUCUGGCACGGCCCGUGCGUCCAGUGCCUCGUGGGCAUUCGCCCAAGAACACAUUGUGCCGUAUGCCAAGCGUGGUGCCGUACACGCGUAUCUGUUCUUUACUCGCCACGUGUCACCGCCGGUGCGGUCCCUCUAUGACCAGCACAUGCGCCAGUACGUGGACCGUGUGGUUCCUUGGGACCAGGUUGAGGUUGUCUACGACAAGUCGGUGCUGAUUGGAUCGACGCUGUUUGACAUUGCGUGCAGCUUCACCGAAGAGUUCUACUACAUGUGCUACACAAUUUUCACCGGCGACGAGCACCCGACUGUCAUCCAGCGUCACCACGAAGAACAGCUGGCCAAGGCCGACCAGUCCACGACCCAGACCGUCUUUUCGACCCCGGCGGAGCAUGCGCAAAACAUUGCCCGCAAGAUUUCGGGCUCGGCGCGCCAGUGGUUCCAGGUGGCCCGCGGAUGGGUUGCGCCUGCCAACCAGCAGUACGUCUAUGACAAGGCCACCGAUUUCUACCACCGUGCCACCAAGGCGGUUGUGGAGCGCAUUCCCAAGCAGCAACCAGUUGCUUUGACGUCAUCCGUUUCUGUCGUCGAACUUACUCUGUCGGUCACAAUGUCCGCUUCACCUGCGUCUACUCUGGAACCGAUUUCUUCUGAGCAGCCCUCGACUGAGGAAGAGCCUGUGGUUGUGAAGACCAUAGUCAAGGAGUCUGUUGCUGAGGAUAUUGUUGCUGAGGAGACUGCUGUUGAGGAGACUGCUGCUGAGGAGACUGCUGCUGAGGAAACUGUUGCCGACGAAGCCACUUUGGAGGAGAUUGUUGUCGAGGUGACCGCAGUGGAGGAGCCCCGCAUCGUCGAGGUAGUCGCUGAAGACACCGUUAUUGUUGUCGAGGCUGAUGCCGAAAUGUCCGAUGUUGUCGAUGCUGCUAUUGAAGAGACCCUUGCUACCACCGAGUCUGCUGUCGCGGAAGAGCCUGUCAUCGUCGAGGAACUAGUAGCCACCAUUGCGACUGCUCCUGAGCAGCCCCUGGUUGCCACCGAGAUCCCUGUCAAGGAGACCAUCCUUGAGGAGGCUACGCUGACUGAGGUCGUUCCAGAGCAGAAGCCCGUUGUCGAGACUGCUCCUGCUGUCGAGAAAUCGCCUUCUACUGAUUCUGUUGGUGCAUCUUCCUCGGACAAGCCUGAGAUCGAUGCCAACCAGGCAGCUUCUGCUGUCUACGAUGCUCGUGAGGCCAUGGCUGGUGUUGGUGUGGACGAGCAGCAGAAGAAGGAGUUUGAGGACCUGGUCGGUGCGGCCAAGGACAGGGAUGCGGCAAAUCUGGAGAAGAUGCCCCAGAUUGUCAACGACAUUGAGCCCAAGGAGGAUGACAAAACCGUCGGUGCCGCCACUACUGCGCCAGCUGCUGCUGAAGACGACCAGCAGGUGCGCGUGGCCACGACGCUCCCUGCCCCGGAGACUGCCAGUGCUGCUGGUGUGGAGGCAACGUCUGCGGCCGAGCCUGUCGAAGAGCACAGCACCUCAGCCAAGGCCGCCGAGGUCAAGCGCGAACUCAACGAGUCCGGCGAGUCGAUCAGCCAGUCUGCCUCCCUGGUUGCGCAGGGGUCUACCACGACAGUGACGGCCCAGACAACCGCCACGCGCACAGUGAACAAGGUAGUCACUGUGGAGCAGCCCGUGCAGCCGCCCAAGGAAUCGGCCGAAACGACCACCCAGGCAGUAGUGACCCAGUAUCUCACCAAGACCGUACGCAAGCAGAGCACCGUGACGUCGCAGGUCACCACCACUGUCAAGACCACUCGUUCAGUGACAGUGAACUCGACGCUGCUCGAGACGCUGACCACGGACAAGCAGCAGGUUGUGGCCACCACCGCAGCCAGCGAGAAGACUGAACCGGAGGCUGCCAAGGCCAAGCAUGAGACGUCGCAGGCCGCCGGUGAGCAGCAGCAGGAUGGUCUCAAGGAGGCGACGGCCAUGUCGGCUGUUGACACAGAGCCUGCUGCCGAGCUGCCGGCAGCCAAGGCUCCGCUGGUAGAAGAGCCUGUGGUCUUGGAUAGCCAGUCGGUUGAUUCCAGCCCGAAGGCAGAGGACGCGGCCAAGGAGGAGGAAGUAGUGGAGGAGACAAGCCCGCUGCUGUCGAUUGUUGUGCCGGUUGACGACGAGGUGCGCAAGGCGGCUUCGAACUGGGUCAAGGACGCGCGCAAGUCGAUUUCGAAGGAGGUUGCGCAGGAGCGCACCCGCCAGAGCACCUCGGCUACUGAGGAGGAGCAGGUCGAGCAGGAGACGGUCGCUGCGGCGGUCGAAUCGCAAGCCGAGCCGUCGCCGGCUGCUUCGGAGCCCUCGCACGUGAAGGCGGCGGCCAGCACGGCGGCUGUGGAACGUGCGGUGGCCGAAUCCGCUGUGCAGCCCAAGAAGGAGGAGGCCGUGGUGGCGCCAGGGUCGGCGGCCAAGCCAGCAGCGAGCCGGCGGAUGAAGAAGGCCGACGAGAAGCAGGCGCAAGCCACAAGGGGUCCGCGCAAGAUCAAGGUCAAGAAGCGCCGUUCCGCAGCACGCGAUGAGCUCUGAACAAACAAAAUUAUUCACUUUUUUUUCCCGUAUA